AUGCCGGUGAGGUGGAGCACCAAGAAAUCAGUGGUCGGCUCCCUGGAGGGGUGCGACGUCGUCAAAGUGCUAGUCGGCGAAGAACAGACCGAGUUCACGCUGCACCGCAAACUCCUGUGCGACAGCUGCAGCUUCUUCCGCACCAACAUUGAAGCAAUCCCGUCCCCGUCCCGGUCCUCAAAUUCCGGCCAUGGUGCAGAAGAAGCAGAGGACUCGGUCCUGUGGCUUCCGGGCGAGACGUCCGACAUGUUUGAGCUCUUCGUACUAUGGCUCUACCAACGUCAACGAUUCCACUUCUUCCUCGACCGCGCCCUACAAGCGAUAUCCCCGGAAGAGCACCGCACCACGCGCACCAACCUGGUGCACCUGCACCUCUUCGCCGCCGUCAUCGACCUGCCCUCGCUACAGGACACGGCCAUGGACGCGCUGCAGGACAUGUACCUGCGCUUCGACUGGGACAUGUCCCCCCGGUUCAUAUCCUUCCUGUACAACGGGGACUACUGCGACGCGCAGCACGCCGUGCGGCUGCGCAAGUGGGCCGUGGCGAUGCUGGCGUGGACGCUGCACGGCGCAGGCCCCACCGAGAAGCACCACGCGGCCCUCGCGGGCCAGGUCGACAAGCUGUUCGCCGCCUACCCGCCCCUCCGGGCAGACUACCUGCUCCAUCUCGAAAAGAUGGCCCAGAGCCGCGCCGACGUGCGCAUCAAGAACCCGCAGCUGCGCCUCCCCGCCAACAAGCUCCUCAGUGGCGAGCGCUACUUUGGUUUCCGCCAGUGCACCUUCCACAGCCACCGCGCCUCGGUCGGCGAGGGCCCCUGUCCCUGGCUUGCCCACGGCCUGGCUGCCAUGACGGCGGCCUACGGCGACGACGGAGAGGCGUCAGCGCCCGUGACGUCUACCACUGCCGGUGCCGGUUGGGGUAGGAGCUGUAGGAAACGGGAUGCUGGGGGCACCGUGGCGAAGGACGGGGUCGAGCCAUGUGAGCCCGAGGAGGUCUAUCAGCAGAUCAUAUCGCCUGUUGGAGAUUUGAAUGAGAUUUCGUACCUGGAUCUGUCAUGA